AUGCCAACAUCGAAUAGGAUGUUUCUUGAACAGUCGCAUUUAGCAAUGCCACCAUCUGUUUGGUUGCAUGUCAAUGGUGUUAGUUUAACAACAGAUAUUCAUCAUUAUCAAGCACCUGUUCAUACGUAUGAUUAUCAAACAAAACAUUUACAAAGUCCUGUUCAAUCACCAACACCGCCGUUAGUACCGACGCCAACCAUAGUUCCUUGUAGUGUAACAACAAUCGAUGGGCCAUUUAAUAAUAAUAAUAAUAAUAGUACAAACAAACAAUAUCAAAAAUUAGAAAAUCUAGAUUUGCCGAAAAAACUGUUUAUUGAUCGACAUAUUAAAAAAGCCAAAUCAUUACCGGGAUUAAUCAAAGGCACUGCAUUGUCACGUAAUACACCUCUUCAUUUAUCAACAUUUGCAAGUCCAGCACCACCAAAUCAAGUAAUAAAUAAAAUUCCCGAUGAUCAACUGCCACAUGUUACUACCAUGGAUCAUGAAGAAAAUCAUUUUGUCUUACCUGAACCUAUCGAACAGCACAAUGAAAUUCGCCGACCACGAGUGUAUUUUGCUGAUUUUAAUAAAAUACAAUUUUUCGACGAUCACAAUGAAAUAUCUCAACAACAGCAUACAGCCAAUGCCACCAAACUUCGUCGUCAUCGACAGCGUACAUCGAAAAAAACACCUAGUACAAACGGUAUGAAUUCGAUUUCACCAUCAAUUCAACACACACAAAUACUUCACAAUUCUACACUUCCAUUAUCGCAUCAUCAAAUCGGACAAGAAUUAAAUAAUAGAAAACAACAAUCCUUUAUUACACAACGUUCACAUUUGACGCGUAGUGCAACACACUUUCCUGAUAUUCUCAAUCAAACACUACCAGCUGAACAUUCAUCAAAUGAAAUUUCAAGUGGAAAAUAUACGUUACAACGCGAAAAACCUUUAGUUUAUUUUCCUAAGCCAACUCAUGACGUGCCAGUUAAUUCAUCAAUGGAGAUGUCAUCGGAUCAUAUGCGCCCUGGUUAUAAUCAAAUAUCACCGAGACAAGAUUCUCAUAAUCGAACAUAUGACUCGGAAGCAUUAGAAAAUAGUAAUAUAGCGUUAAAUCUCACGAGCUCAUCAAUAAAUUCACCAUCAACUAAUCGACAACGUUCAUUACUUCAUACAAUAUCACUUCGACAACAAUUUCAUUCAUCAAUUAAACUAAAAGCAACAGGCAUUUCAUCAACAAUAAACAACAACAACAAUAAUCAACAACAACAACAACAAACGCAUAAUUCAAAAUUAAGUACUCAUCGAUCAAGUUCACUUAAAUACGCAAAUACGCAAACACCGGAUGAACAUGAUGAAAUAAAUUUAAAUAAAUCUUUAAUAGAACGCGAAACUCGACCAUUGACUGCUAAUACAUCAGUGAGACAGAUAAAACGUGCAGAAGUUAUUCAUUUUAAUUCAAAAACUCCGUUUGCUAUUAAUGGAAAUCUUGAGUCCAAUAAACAGCAUCAUUCCGAAACAGCUAAACAACGUUUUCAAAAUAUAUUAACCGUUGUUCGGCCACCGUAUGCUUCCAAUAGUGGUAAUUCUUCUUAUGUGUCACCAAAUGUUACACAUAAUGAUUAUUCGAAACAAACAUUUAAUCCUAAUCAAACAAAAGGGAAACUUCGCAAUUCACGUAGUACAAGUGCGCGCGGACCCGCUGGAUUAAAUGUGACACAAAAUACAAUUUUUGUUUAA